AAUGAUUUAAAGUUAUUGGCCCGAAGUAUAUGAUCCGGUCCAAUUAGAAAAUCGCAUAACCUAGCCCUACUACCGGUGUAUACCAAUUCAUCCCAUCUACCAUAUCCGUCCACCGCUCGUCUCUCAGCCAGACGGUCGUACGUUAUAUUGUUCCCAGCUCCUCUUCACCGCAGUCUACACCACGCCGUUCGUCUAAUAUCCCGAGGAAAUCGCACCUAGACUUUUGCAGCAAAUUUGGCACAGAAAAUUGCACAUAGAUAGUUAAGAAUAUGAGGCCGAUAUUGAUGAAAGGCCAUGAGAGGCCACUAACAUUUCUCAAGUACAACCGAGAAGGUGAUAUACUCUUCUCAUGUGCCAAAGAUCACAAUCCAACUGUUUGGUUUGCUGACAACGGCGAGCGCCUAGGAACUUACCGUGGUCACAAUGGAGCCGUUUGGUGCUGUGAUGUCUCUCGCGACUCAAGCAGACUAAUAACUGGAAGUGCGGACCAAACAGCCAAGCUCUGGAAUGUUAAGACUGGCACUGAGCAGUUCACAUUCAAAUUUGACUCACCAUGUAGGUCUGUUGACUUUUCUGUUGGUGAUAAGCUUGCAGUUAUUACCACUGAUCCAUUCAUGGAGCUUCCUUCUGCUAUCCAUGUAAAACGAAUUGCUAGAGAUCCGGAUGAUCAAACUAGUGAGUCUGCGCUGAUCCUUAAGGGCCCUCUGAAGAGGAUCAAUAGAGCUGUUUGGGGACCUUUGAAUAAAACUAUUAUAAGUGGCGGUGAAGAUUCUGUUCUUCGUGUCUGGGAUACUGAGACAGGAAAAUUACUCAAGGAAUCUGAUAAAGAAUCUGGUCAUACAAAGGGGAUCACUUCUCUUGCAAAAUCUGCAGAUGGUUCGCACUUUAUAACUGGUUCAUUAGAUAAAUCAGCAAAGCUUUGGGACAUCAGAGACUUGACGCUUCUUAAAACGUAUGUCAGUGAGCGCCCAGUAAAUGCAGUUACAAUUUCACCAUUGCUGGAUCAUAUUGUGCUUGGAGGCGGUCAAGAUGCAGUAAAUGUGACACAGACUGAUCAUCGUGCUGGGAAGUUUGAGGCUAAAUUCUAUGAUAAGAUUCUUCAAGAAGAGAUUGGUGGUGUCAAAGGGCACUUUGGACCCAUUAAUGCUUUGGCUUUCAACCCUGAUGGGAGAAGUUUUUCAAGUGGCGGUGAAGAUGGGUAUGUGAGAUUGCAUCAUCUUGACGCUGAUUACUUUCAUAUCAAGAUUUAAGGAUUAAGCGCUGCCUGAUGAGGAAAUACAAAAGAAGUGUUAUGCUGCCAGUUUUUGAUUGUAUUCGUCAAGAUAUUAUUAUCUAAUGUGAAAGUACAUUUUUGGAGGUUUUGAAGACUUUUUGUGUGUGUUCUGUUGAGUAUCUUCAGGCCGCAACUUUUUCAUUGGUACUCGCUCCGUUUUCCCCAUCUCAGUUGGGGUAGGCACUAUUCCUCACACUUUUUUAACACGUGUUCAGGUUAAUUCAAGAAUGGUUAUACAUGA